CUGAGUCUAGCAGGAACUGCCCUCUAAUCACUGGUUAGCUUUCAGAGCUAAUGCAAGUUAAUGAUAGCACCAACAUAAUGCUAAACGACAGUGAGCUUGCAACGCUGCGGAAUAGAUUUAAGAGAGAUGCGGAAUUUUUUAUGCAAACAACGACAUCCGGUGACGAAGAUGAAAAGAGUCAGGAGGAAAAAGAUGCCAAACCUCUCCCUCGCAUUAACAGACACUCCAUAUUCUGGAUUGUGGCAUCUAUAGGGAUGACCUACUAUGUAGAUUUCCUCCACAACAUCAUGGAGAAUGAUGAUAUCAAAAGUUGGUGGUUCAAUGUAGGUUUGGUACUCCUCGGGAUCUCCCUGUCUCUGGCCAUGUUUUGCAUUGUGUACCUGGAGUGGUUCAAAGGCAUCCAGCACUAUGACCAAGAGUACCCCGCCAUUCCUCCGCUCACCACUGCAGCCUUUAUUGCUGCAUCGUGCAGCUUCAACAUUGCACUGUGGCCGGUGUGGUCCUUCUUCACUCCAGUCAUCCUCUUCACACAGUUCAUGGGUGUGGUAAUGUUCAUCUCUUUGCUUGGAUGAAUGUGACAGCUCCAGAAGGACUCCUUGUUAACCACAAUGUUGAGUUUUGUUUUUAUAGUUUUUCUCUUACUGCUUACACGCAUUACCUGUUGCCUACUGCAUUACCACCUUUCCUCAGUCUACACUCCCACCAAACCUCACACUUUCUCUUCAGAAUAAAACACUGGUAGCCAAACAGGAGGCACACCUGUAUUGAAGACUUUGAGCAUAGAUCUUUUUCACAGCAGUGUUAUAGCAGAGAAAACACAGAUGUUAGUAAUAACACUAACGAUGGCUCGGUUCUAUUCAAGUGUACCAGUGAGCCAUGACAGUGAGAGAGCAUGAGCAAUACAGGGACCCAGAAGGUAAAGCAGGUAAAUGGAAUUCAGCCAUUGUUCACUGUAAUACACACACCUGUGCAUUUCCUUCUGUGACAUGUAAAAACAUCUUUAGUGAAGUUUGCCUAUUGUGCCGUAGGAAAGUAUGUGUAAGCAAUGGGAGAAAACUUUUAAGAAAAAGUGUUUUAAAAAUAUUUUUUAUAGUUUUGAAGCAGUUUGCGGUGAAGGAUCUAAAGAUGUCUGCUUAUAUCCUAUAUCUCUUUUUGCCUUUAAUAAAGUUUUAUAACUACUUUUAA